UUUUGAUACAAAGGUGAGACCAUGGUUACCCCUUGUAAAUAAAAUUAAUGAUGUUGCGAGCUCAUCUGUCACCCCACUUCUUCUCUUUAGUGCUGUUCUUUCUGGGCUUGCUGCUUUCUCCAAUGGCUGUGCUUUUGGGUACACAUCUGCUGCUGAAGCCGGAAUUAUGGAAGACUUGAAUCUAUCUAUUGCUCAGUUCUCUUUAUUCGGUUCACUCUUAAAUUUUGGAGGUAUGUUUGGUGCAAUUUCAAGUGGAAAGAUAGCAGAUCUCAUGGGCAGGAAACUUACAAUGUUGCUGAUGGACGUAUCACUUAUCAUUGGGUGGUCAGCAAUUAUUUUUGCCCAGAGUGCUUUAUGGCUUCAACUUGGAAGGUUUUCAUUGGGAUAUGGAUUUGGGAUUCUGACCUUCUUGUUACCAGUAUAUGUUGCUGAAAUCUCACCAAAAAAUAUUCGGGGAAGAUUUUCUGGAGCAGUUGCGUUAAUGGUAAAUAUUGGUGUUUCUGUGAUGUUUUUCAUCGGAAAUCUCAUUGCAUGGCGAACCUUGGCUGUAAUAGGAGUUCUACCAAUUCUCAUACAUGCUCUGGGGUUAGUUUUUGUACCGGAGUCACCUAGAUGGUUGGCAAAUACUGGUCGAGAAAGACAGUUAGAAGAUACUCUACAACGCCUAAGGGGAGUAAAUGCUGAUAUUACGGAAGAAGCAACAGAAAUAAGAGAUUCAACUACUCAUCAUCAGCUCUCAGAACCUAGAUUCAUGGAAAUGUUUGAGAAAAAAUAUGCUCGUUCGCUCAUUGUAGUCAUUGGUACACUAAUAUUAUUACCACUUGGUGGCGGCCAAGCGCUUGUGUUUUAUGCAAGCUUGAUUUUCAAAAAAGCUGGUGCUUCAGUUAUCACUGGUACCACAGCAUAUGCAAUAAUUCAGAUUCCAGUUUGUGCAAUGGGUGCACUCUUGCUAGAUAGAACAGGAAGACGUGCAGUUUUACUGGUAUCUUUGAUCAGCGCAUGCUUGGGGAGCUUUCUUGCUGCAUUAACAUUCGUCUUACAGGAUCUGAAUCAAUGGAAGGAGUUGACUGGCACAUUAGUGCUCAUAUUUGUUCUGGUAACUCUUUUUUCAUUAGCAGUGGGGGGUUCUGUACCGUGGGUUUUGAUGGGCGAGAUGCUUCCGAUAAACAUUAAGGGUUUUGCCGGAAGUUUGGGAACAUUUUCAAGCAUGUUUGUUGGUUGGAUUGUUAAUUAUGUCUUCAACUUCUUACUAGAAUGGAGUCCAUCAGAUGAUUCCAGAAACAAAAGGAAGAACAUUGGAAGAGAUAGAAGCGUCAAUGCUCACUUAAAUUUAUGUAUUAACAGUGAAGGGAUUAUCUUUUGUAUUAUAUAUGUUGCUGUUUCUUAUCUUCUAGAGAAUUUUUAUAUUAUGUCUUAAAAAAUGUAAUAACAUUGAACGCAGGGACAAAAGUAUAAGGAGGCUAACUUAUACCGAA